AUCCCAGUAACAAAGUGCAAAAAUUAUGAUUUACGUUUCCUGCUUUUACUUUGAAGGCUUCCACAUUUCCCUUCCUGUUUGCCGCGGCGCUCCUCCCCUGCAGCGCCACCUGUGGGCCACUACCGUUGUUUGUCUCAUUGUAGAGAGGUUACAGAGGCAGCAGGGUACUCUCGGCGGAGAUUGGGACCCGCUGGAGUCUGUAGCGCCCUGACACAGAGCAUCAGCGUAUUAUCGAUAUCGAUCAGAUGGCCGCGGACAGACAGACGGACAGACACCAGCCCACACGCCGCUGAUGACUCGGACACGGGACGGACACAUUUGUGGUCCAUGUUACCGAUGCCUUGCUUUCGAUUACCUGCAGCCUGCAGCUCGGUCCGGUUAAGUUAAACGGCUGAAGAGACCUGAUCUGCUCCUGACUGACUAGUCCCGAUAUUUCCAUCCGGACCUGGUUGAUAUGAGAGGCUCCGGGAGGCGGUGAUGGAGCUCCAGGAGUUGGGCUGGUUGUGUCUGGUGGGUCUCUUCCUCGCCUCCUUGCUCAUCGUGUUGGGAUGGCUGCUCCAGUACUUGCUGAGCCUGCUGCGGCUGCGGAGAGCCAGGAAGACAGCGGGGCAGGACCGGAGAGACACAGCCCGGCAGCAGCUCUCCCUCACACAGCUCCACCAGAGCCAGGCAGGAGGGGUGUGGGGCUUCCUGCUGAAGCUCCGCUCGGGCCGGGAUAGAGGACCUGCAUCCGAGGCCGGGGUUAAAGGCUUGUUGACCUCUCUCUUCUCCUUCAGGUCCUUCAGGGAGCACUGGCAGAGGACCUGGGUCAAAGCUCUGAACGAGCAAGCCUGCAGGCAUGGGAGCUCCAUCCAGAUCACUUUUGACAGCACUCUCCAGUUAACUGCUGCCUCUGCAAUAGAUAGUGUGACCUGCACUGACCAAUCGGCACAACGAAUGGUUCUACACUGUAAAUGUUGGGUGGACACAGUGACAUUUCCUGUGACAGUCACCCAGCAGUCACCCGCUGCCGUUUCCAUGGACACCUAUCAGAUCACUAUAGCACCUAUGGUGACAAAGGUGGUGGUAAGUCUGGAGGAGGUGGAGGACGAGGGUCUGCUGAUGUCCUGGACUCUUGCCAAGCAGCCAUCAUUUACUCUCACAGUGUCUCCAUGCAAGCUGCAGAGACAGGGCACUGAGGGUGAGGUAGACCUGGACAUGAUUAAAGGACUGAUAGAGGAUACUCUUUUCAGCACUCAACCAGCCAUGGUCCUCAACCUUAAGACUUGUGCACCCAAUCCUUUGCCCCCCAUGGACCAUCUAUCAGUGGGAUUGAACUCUGUAUCCCAGAGUGUCUUGGUGAGACGACUACUGCUCCGGCAGCUCAGGGCGACCUUAAGUAAAGGUCAGUGGUCUAGAUCAGGGGAGCUGUGCUGUGUCCUGAGUGUGGACCAACCCUCCACAGAGAGGACAACCCGCUUCCUGUCCGUGCCCAGCAACGCCAACACCCCACUGGAGUGGAGUGAAGAAAUUACUCUGGAGCUGGGCCUAGAAACCAAAGAGCUGAGAAUCAGACUUCUGGAACGGAACGGCAAAAGGGAACAAUUCCUGCCUGGCCACGCCUGCAUCACUGUGGACCUCCAGUCCAAAGUUCCUACUGGACAACAUAUACUGUCGAUAAGCCCCGGCCACGGCUUGGCACCGAACGCUACCGUCACAGCAGAGCUGCUGUAUGUGGAAACAGAAGAGCCUCGCAUCACCCACAAUGCUUUGCCUCUUCGCUCCUCACUCACCCCCACCAAGAAAGUUGAUGUGGACCGAACAAUCAUGCCAGAUGGAACCAUUGUCACCACUGUCACCACCAUCCAGUCUCGACUCAAACUGGAACGCAGUCCAGGUGAUUCCCCUUUACGUUCGCCAUCCAAAGUGGAGGUGAAUGAGAAGAAACCCACCAUCCUGUCAGAUGGCAAAGGCAGCCCCAACUCCAGCAAGAGCAGCCGCCUCUCUAAUGGCCUGGAUCCUGUUGCAGAGACGGCCAUCAGGCAGCUGACAGAGUCCGCCUCCAAAGUAGCUGGGAAGACACCAACAAAAAGGAGCACGCUGAUCAUCUCAGGCGUGUCAAAGGUUCCGCUCUCAGAAGAUGACUGUGUGUUAUCGAGCGGCUACGCUGCAGCCAUGGACGCAGCCAUGCACGAAAACCAUUACGGCGCGGGGCAUCACCAGGAGCCGGAUGAAACCACGCCUUCCGACGUGUCAGAGCGUCCAUCUGUGGACGAUGUGGAAUCAGAUACUGGUUCCACUGGUGCCUUGGAGACCCGCAGCCUCAAGGACCAUAAAGUGGGUUUUCUACAGAGUGGGUCGAAGCUGUUGUUCCGCAGGAGACAUCGAGAGAAGGAGUCCUGCCUCAGCCAAUCCCACGAAGACAUCUCCAACAUGGGCAAUAACUUUGCUGCUCCAUCCAGCAGCCGUAAAAAGUCCGGCAGCUUCUCCCGGCGCCUCAUCAAACGCUUCUCUUUCCGCUCAUCAGGCAAAUCAAAAGGCAAAGCCACUGCUACCAACGGAGGAGCGAGCUCACUGGAUAACUGAUUAUCACUGUUAGAACAUGCGUCAUUGUGACUUUGACAGGGUUGUUCUAAGGCUUCUCUUAUUACUGUCAGAAGAACCACUACACCUUGAAAGAGUCCAGUCUUUGAACACCCCAGGUGGGUUGUCACCUGUACAUCUUGAAAGGAGGAAACCUCUGGGAGGGAUUGUUCCUUUGGAAAGAAUUUAUUGCACCUUCAGGACAGAAGUCUCGUUUAAACACAUCACUGAACUUUGUUGUGAUUGAAAAAUGUUUCUGUUUCUUUGAAGCAGAAAUCUGCUGCUCAGCGGAAGAGAAGGUGAUACUUACAAUGAAAUGUGAUGUUCCCUGUUUGAACACAAACUAUACCGGGAGUGUUUGAUUGUGACUGAUGGUGGAAAUGCUCUUAACUAUUUAAUGAUAUAAAAUGCCAGUAUGAUGCCAUUGGUUGCACUUUGGACUUUUUUUAAUUCCUGGGUUAUAUAAAGGUAAUUUAUUAUUAUGUGGUUCACAUGAAACAAGUGCUAUUUAUUUUUCCCCCAAAAAAGGAGUCCUCAUAGUUGCAUUACACUGUAAAAUAGAGACGUUGCUGUGUGUUUUUUCCAUGCAAAUGUAAUUUUAAACGCAUAGUUUCAGUAAGUUAACAAAUAUCCAUCUUAAUCUAGCUAUAAUGUCCAUUCACAAUUGCUUAUACAUUGGUUUUAGAAUGUUGUUCGAUGUUGUAUCUUAUAUAAGCAGAAAAGAUAAUAUAUUUAUUAUACUUUUUAUUUUAUAAAGGUACUUUCUGUGGAAUAUCAUAAUGCAUUUCAGUUUGCUUUUGACAACUUCAGCCAGCCAGGAUCUCUGGCAGAUGCUUCAAACCGGGCAAUGAGUUUAAACUUUUUAAAUUCUGACAUUUUUCUGUCAGUAAAAAAAAACACACCAUCAUUUCCGGCUCUCCUCUUGGCUCCUUUUGACUCCAUUUAAGUCAAAACUGCAUCUAAACACAUUAUUGAGACUUCAGUUGAUGCUCAUAUGGACUUUUCAUUAUUGCAAUAACUCAUUACUUUGCAGCAAGAUUGCAUAUAUCGUGUGAAAUGCCUGACAUGGGUCGCAGACAAAUUAAUCAUUUGCAGUAAAUGCUAACAUCAGAUAAUAAUCAUGAACUAAACAUAGCUAAAUGUAUCCUGUAUUCACAUUUAGGAGCCUUCUUUCUUUUUAAAUACAUUUAAGUCCCACAUUAAUACAGCAACAGUUCUGCCGUUUAGCCUGGAACAAAUGGAACCUAACGUUCAGAGAUGUUCUGCUGAGACAUCAGCAACAGGAUUUUCAAAGGUUUACGACAAGGUGAAGAGCAAAGUGGACACACUCAGGGCUAGAAGUGAAAUUGCUACUAGCAACUAGAGAUAUAAGGACACCUGAUGCAUCCUUCAGACAGAACCGAUGUGUAAAAAUGUACAUUCAUUUUUGGACGUUUGUGUUUUGUCAAACAAAAUGAAAAAUCUACAUUAAUAAAACUGCAUUAAUUAUGGGACUUCAGAACAACCAAAUGAAAUGAUUUUGAUUAAGGAUAACUUAUUAAAGGGAUCACAGAGGUGCUUUACAGAACUGCAACCAAGUCAUAAUGCUGAAGAAAUGAACAAAGCCUCUUCAUUGUCUUAAGCCAUAUAUAUAUGGCUGGAAUGUGAAACAGAAAGCGGCUGCAAAAUUUAAGAUAUGUAUGAUUUGUUGUAAUAUUUAAAAAAUGUUUAAUUUAUUGCAAAAUAAAUUAUUUUUGAAGCGUCA